AUGGAGCUAGUCGAACCACCGUAUCACCAUAACAAUUGCUAUUAUAUUCCUCAUCAUGCGGUUACCUGCAAAUUCCGCGUGGUGUUCAAUGCUUCGGUGCCGACCAGCACGGGAGCCUCCCUAAACGAUAUUCAACUGGUGGGCCCAUCGCUUCCGGACUCGCUUGGUAGCAUACUUCAUCGCUUCCGACGUUUUCGAGUGGCGAUAACGGCCGACAUCGAGAAAAUAUUCAGGCAAGUGUUGGUUGCGCCGGAGCAUCGAGACUAUCAGAGGAUUAUUUGGCGCGAGUCCCCGGCCGACGAUAUUCGCGUAUAUCGAUUGAAGACCAUUACAUAUGGCAUGGCAUGCAGUCCAUAUAACGCAGUGCGCACGUUGCGGCAAUGCGCUUAUGAUAAUUACGGUUCAGUUCCGGAUAGGCGGCGGGUGGUCCUCGCCCGAGAUGCGAUUCUAACCUCGUUUUACGUAGAUGAUUUCCUCACCAGUUGUGAGAGCGCGUCCGAUGCAGUGGAACUGGCUAAAAACGUAGAUACCAUUUUAUCCGCGGGAAAAUUUACGCUAAGGAAAUGGAACUCCAACGAUGGCCAGGUGAUGAGCUAUUUAUCUAAUGAAGCUUCCCUAUUAGGCUUAAGAUGGGACGCAGUGACGGAUCAGCUAUUUUUCCAAGUCGACCUAACCCAAUCCUCCGAGGCUCCCACGAAGGGACGAGUACUUAGCGAGGUGGCGCGUCUCUUUGAUCCCGCUGGGUUGUUAUCACCUGUCGCUGUAACUGGGAAGGUGUUCAUCCAGAGGAUGUGGGCUGCGGGUUUAUCUUGGGAUUCGCCGUUACCUGACGAUCUUUGCAACGAAUGGCUCAAGUACCGCUCCAAGCUAGAGGGGCUCAAUAAGAUCCGCAUCGACCGUUGGAUGGGCAUGGUUCAGCGUGUUCAGACAACGUUGCACGGCUUUUGCGAUGCCAGCUCACAAGCAUAUGCUGCCGUCAUAUAUACGAAAACUGUUGACGUAGGCGAUGUUGCGCACAUCUCACUUCUUACAGCUCGCACGAAGGUGGCACCUCUGAAGGGCGCUACUAUACCCCGCCUGGAACUGUCGGAAGCACUACUGUUGGCUGAAACUAUUCAAAAUGUGCCGGACUCGCUGGGCUUGAUGGAUGCUCCAUACUAUUUGUGGUCGGACUCGGCGAUCGUUUUGUGCUGGUUGAAGAAGCAUCCAACAACACUUAAGCCGUUCAUAUCCAACCGGGCAUUCGAAAUUUUGGAUGCUCCGCCACAAACUCAAAAAGAAUCUUCAUCGGAUGUAACGCCUGAUUGUGUAUUUCAAGUAGACCUGGCAAUGCAAACCAAUGUAAAUACCGACGUAUCCUGUAUACCACAAAAGAAGCACAAAACAAACAAGGUGGGUCUACUUGAGGAGCAAAUAUCAAUCCAAAAAAAGAUGGAGGAAAAUGUGUCAAAAGUACUAGACACGCUUGUUAAACAACAAAGUGAACAAGUCCAAGGACAGUCCGAAACGAAUAGGUGGAAACUCCAUGAAAAUGAAAAAGAUAAAACCGAGGAGUGA